CGCCAAUUGCGUCCUAUUCCUAUUGAUCACUCCCCCACGAUCAAUUGCCGCCUGAAUAUCAAGUGGUCAACCCCGGGCCACUCCUCUCCAGCAGGUCUCUCCCUCGUCAAAUAUCCAUCUCAACAUGCUGUCCAGAGCUGCCCGCCCGGCCCUGAGAGCUGGAGCCGCCGUCUCGUCCCGAGCGGCUGCUCCCGGCGCGGCCACCUUCGCGACUCUCCGUGAAAUCGAGACCCGCCUCAAGUCGAUCCGCAACAUCGAGAAGAUCACCAACACCAUGAAGAUUGUUGCCUCGACCAAGCUCAACCGCGCCCAGCGUGCCAUGACCGAGUCCCGCGGCUACGGUGCCACCAGCAACGAGGUCUUCACCUCGGCCGAGACUAAGCCUCUCGAGGCUGAGGGCAAGAAGAAGCUCGUCGUCGUCUGCUCCUCCGACAAGGGUCUCUGCGGUGGUGUCCACUCCGGUCUUGCGCGCUUCAUCCGUCGCCGCGCCGCCACCGAGCCUGAGUUCGACAUCGUCAUCAUCGGCGAGAAGGCCAAGGCCCAGCUCUCCCGUACCAACGCCAAGGACAUCGUCCUCAACUUCUCCGGUGUUGGCAAGGACAUCCCCACCUUCGUCGAGGCCUCUGCCAUCGCCGACCAGAUCACCCAGCUCAAGGGCGACUACUCUUCCGUUGAGAUUGUCUACAACAAGUUCAUCAACGCCACCAGCUACGAGCCCACCGUCAUUGAGGCAUUUUCCGAGGAUGCCAUCCUCGCUUCCCCCAACUUCUCCGCUUUCGAGGUUGAUGAAGAGGUCCUUGGCAACCUCCGCGAGUACGCCCUCGCCAACUCCCUCUACUGGGCUCUCUGCGAGGGUCACGCCUGCGAGAUUUCUGCCCGUCGCAACGCCAUGGACAACGCUUCCAAGAACGCCGGCGAGAUGAUCAGCAAGUACCAGAUUCUCUUCAACCGUACCCGCCAGGCCGUCAUUACCGGCGAGUUGGUCGAAAUUAUCACUGGUGCCACCGCUUCGGCCGAUAUGUAAACAGCAGCCUAAACAACCGCAGUCUAUUAAUAGAAGACGAAGAUGUAUUGAGGGAAAAGGAGAGGAGACCUGAGCAAAAGAAAAGGGUCCAAAGCCGAAAUCCAUCAUCCCUGUCUGCACUCUCACUUGACAUUCAACCAUGCCGUUCGAAAGUGUACGGGUGUGCGUGGUGUGUGGUAUGUCUAGUUCCAGUCCAAAACGCUGCGUGCCAAAUGCCUUUGUAUCAAACGAAUGAGCUAGCUUUCUCAUUACUGUACCAACGCCUUCAGUCCAAAAAUUGUACAACUUCUUUUACACACCU